ACAAAUUAAUUAUCAGAAUUUAAGGGAAGAUAACGCUAUUUUUAAUGUCUCCACUAAUGUUGAUUCUUAGGCCGCAAACUUUAGUUUUGUGUAGGGCUUUUAGUUGGCUUUCUUUUACCCACGAGUUUAAAAAGUCCUCGAUUGUAUUUUGUAUGAGCAACAGCUUCUUGCUGUUGCUUCGACAUUGAGUUCUGACUAUUUUGUUUUCUCCAUCUGAUCCUUACCGUUGUGCUGUACGACAGUGGCUUGCGGUUUGAUCAGCUCGGGAACUAACCGGAAGACUCUUGCAGAUCAGAUAUCGUAAGAACUGCAGAUGCUGGAGUCGUAAGUGUGGAGCUGGAAGAACACCAGCAGGCCAGGCAUCAUUAGGGACCCUUCUUGGGUCCCGACCCGAGACAUCAACUUUCCCGUUCCUCGGAUGUUGCCUGGCUUGUUGUUGGCCUCCAGCUCCGCACUGUUGUCCCUUGCAGAUCCUAACUGCUUGGUGAUCUGUACCAGAUAUGGCAGUGAGAAUAUUUGUCGAGAAGGAAAAUGAGUUACUCGGUAACUAUACAAAGAACUACCCGAAGUUAUUUUCUGGUUCGGCUACAGUUGAAAACUCUGUACUGCAGACUCCACGAACUGGAAAGGUGUUAACUACAACUCCUCGCUUACAACCAUCUGCAAGAAAAGCUCUAGGGGAUGUGAACUGUCCUUUACGAGCAGGCAGUAUACCUGGUCACUUGCUGAAUAAGAAACCAGAUAGAAGCCACAAGAGGAAAAACAAUGCUUGGAUCAUAAAAGCUGCCAAGCCCUCUGAAAACUCUUCCAAUUUGGAACCACCAAAGUGCUCUGAAAAGUCUGAAGACUACCCUGAAAUGGAAACUUUUAUUCCAUACAAUCCCCUUGAUUUUGAGGAGUUUAAUGUGCCAAAGGAACAUAAACUUGAUCACACUUGCCUGGCUGGUCUACCACUCCUCUUUCUUGAGAAAGAAGAAGCAUUAAUUGAAAAGGUGCUGAAUAAAAUCCCUUCACCUCCCAACUGGCCAUCACUUGUACAAGAAUCCAGCUUAUUUGACUUCGACAUGCAUGCUGACAUUUUGGCAGACUUGGAUGAAGUUGAAUUGCCGACAAUUGAAGAUGACUUCUUGUAAAGAUCUAUGAAUUGAAAUUUCAUCUUGCCUUUGCUAUUAAAUGUAAGCUGAAGUUUAUCUGGAUGAUAUUGCAAUAUGUUUGGGUUUUGAAUGCAUGGUUUGUGGAGGAAAACUCCUCACCUUGAACUUUUUAAACCUCUGUAAUCUAGCCAACCUUCAAACACUUUCACUCUUUUGUAGUGAUGUAGCACUGAUUUUGCUGUUAAUAAACUGGAAGAACCACAAAA